AUCAUCCGAUCCAUCUCAACCAAAAAGAAAGAAAGCACUAGCUAGCUCGCUAGCUAGCGAAUCUCUGACUCCCGUUAUAUUGUGUGUGUCCAACAAACGUAAGAUGUUGUCUUCAUUACCUCACCUGCUGCUCACUGUAGCCGUGGUUUUCUUCUCCUCAAUGCCCACCGAAACAAACCCCGUUCCCAUUGUAGCCAAACUCACCCACCGCGACGCCGUUUCGUCACCAUUCUACAGAGAGUGGGAAACCGAGUCACAACGCCAAGACCGUCUGGACCGAAUCUCCGCCGCACGCGUUGCUCUCUUAAGCAGCGGCGGGGAAAACACCCAGCACUACCCAUCUCACCUCCUGCUAAACGACGACGGCCCCGGGAUUCUGUUCGUAAACUUUUCUAUCGGCUCACCACCAGCACCACUGCUCGUCUUCAUGGAUACCGGCAGCAGUCUUUCCUGGGUCAUCUGUCAGAACAAACCCACACCCACGCCUGGUUUCUAUGACCGCUUCAGGUCAGCCACAUUCCAGUACGUAUCGUGUAAUGAUCCCAUGUGCGAAGGACUUCCCAAGCAUAGUUGCUUGACUCGUACAGAUUGGUGCGUCUACGAUCAAUCUUACCAGGAAGGUCCUCGGGUCUCGGGGUUCUUGGCCACAGAGGAGGUAGUGUUUCAGAACUCAACACUUGGGAUGACUUUACCUGUGGACGGCGUAGUAUUCGGAUGUACGUUCCAAUUUUUGAGCAACUUUGGUCCGAGAUUUGCGGGUAUACUCGGGUUGGGUCCGAGGCCGGAAUCCCUGGUUCGUAAGAUCGGUCCGGUCUUCUCUUACUGUCUGGGUAAUGUUCGAGACGAAAACUACCGACAUCACCACCUCGUCCUCAACGAUGAGGUGGAUACCAGCCGUAGUAUUACCAUUAGCGAAGCUUCUCUGGAUUUUGGACCCGAUACUCAUUACUACAUUAGGUUGACAAGUAUCAGAAUGCCUGGUCAAGAGGAUAUUAUCAUGACAAGCCCAACAAUGCUUCUCUUAGACUCUGGCACAAAAAAGAGUUUGUUUCCUGAUUUUGUGUACGAGACUUUUGUUAAGAAACUAGAUGACAUGGUACGGAGCAUCAACCCGGGCAUUAUAAGGCUUUACACAAAUGUUACGAGUCUUGGUGACCUCGAGGACUUGUGCUACAAAGCGGAACUUGAAGACUUCCGCUCCAAUGCUUUGAGGGUGACCCUUUAUUUUGACGAUGGGGAUGGAUGGUUAGAAUGGGAAUACGAUUCCAUAUUCUAUCAAGUCAGGGCAAGGAAGGUUUGCUCGUCAAUCUCCCCAUCUAGUGCUCGAGGCCGAGGAGGGCUUUUCCUGAUCGGACUUUUAGGCCAACAGAACCAAAAGUUCACCUAUGACCUAGAUGAAAUGCGUUUGUACAUCGAGAAAGAUCCUGAUUGUGCUGCCGUAGCGAUGUAAUAAUACCACUAAUGUAUAAAGUUAAUCUCAUCUC